GUACAAAUAUAGCUUCAAAUCGAAACCACAAUGUCUACUGGCUCAGAGAACGAGGACUUGUGUGCCGUUUGUGGAGCCCCUUCGACAGGCUAUCAUUACGGAUGCUACGCUUGCGAGGGCUGCAAGAGCUUCUUCAAGAGAACAGUACAAAAAAAUCUCGUUGAGAAAUAUCAGUGCCAAAAUGGUGACGACGGCUGUGAAAUUACGCUGGAAUCCAGAGCGAAAUGUCAAGCUUGCAGGUUGAAAAAAUGCUUAAGCGUUGGCAUGGUUUUUGGAGGUACGUUUUAGCGGUUUUAUUUAUCAAAACAAAGCCGAUCAUAAACCUAAAAGUCUACAUGUUUAGAUGUUAACGUCGAUCACCCCAAGGCUAGGUGCAUGUCUGAUCAUAUACUCAACAGAACGAAUCGCAAUGUAGCAAAUUAAUGUUGUUUAUAUAUUCUAUUAAAUGUAUAUCAACAUCUCAAUUUGUCACGCAGUUUUUAGUAUAUAUAUAUAUAUUACAAUUGUGAAGAAUUUUUGCUUGCUAAAAACACGAUCAUGUUUUGACGAUAUAGCCGUUUGGGUCACUGUUAUAAUGGUCUAUAUAAAUGGGAUCGUUGUUUUGCGACUCUUGACCAAGUUGUUUAAAUUGAAAGAGACGAAUGAAUUACGUAUUUUUUGCGUGGUAAAAUAACAGUUUAGAAAUUCCGGUUUGUGCUAGCAACGCUGUUUGGAUGUAUAUUAAGCGUAAUAUUGAAAAUCAUUAGUGGGUUGAGUGCUUUUGUAGUAUUUUGUAUAGCUAAAAUUUGUCUCGCAGCUGUAGUGCUGGGUGCGUACAGGAAACGUGGAUUAUAUGUGGUUCCGCUUUCAUUUUCUUGUUUGCCAAGGUCGAUUUCCACGUGUGAACACGUCGUAAAAUCAAGCAAUACAUUUGUAUUGUUGAUGGUUGUUUGCAUUACACUUAAUUAACAUAAAAAUAUAGUGGCAUUCUGUCACAGUUCAGUGAUCGGAAUGUCCAUUUUCUUCCGUUGUUUUGAAAACCCCACUGUUCUUUCGACUCAUUUAACCCAUUGAAUGGCAGCACUCUCACCUUAAACAGAAAAGUCGUCUGGCAUUAGACAGAGUAAGAUAACCUGGUGUUAGACAGGGUAAAUAACAAAGUAGGGCGCAUCAGGGCACAUUGCCACUUAAAGUUUAAUAACCGAAUGGGUUGUUCCAGAAACGAUCCACACUCCCCCUAUGGAGGCAAUUUUGCUGUCCAGAGAGGGAGGGGAGAAAAAUCUGUUUCUGAUAAUAGUAAGUGUAUUAGGACAUCCAAAGGGGGUAGGGGGUUAACUCCCAAUUUCCUCUGUGGAUGUUUUCUGGAAUGACCCAAUGCAUGGGCAGAUAGUCUGAUUAACCCAUUGAGUGGCAACUCUCCCCUUGACAAGUAAAUUGUCUGACAUUAGACAGAAUAAAAUACAAACUUAAAGGGUUGCACAUUGAAAAAGCAAACUCAGUAGCAUUAAUGAUUUCUUUCCAAGGUGUACGAGGUGAUCGUCAGAGAGGGGGAAGAUCAUUUUACCCCCUAAAACAAGCCGAGGAAGAUUCCCCCCAAUCAUCAACAGAGUAUGUAAAAGAAGAAGCAGCAAGUCCUUCAAGCGAGCCGAGCACUCCGCAUGAUACAGCACAAAUCUUACAACAGUUGUUAGCCGCGUCCCCUGCCAUCAUACCUCCGGGUGAAUACCUGCUCAGGCCCCCAUUGCAAGAUCCCGAAAUCAAUAUCCCCCUCACUCGUUUAUCGAACGGUCUCUCCCUCGAACUAAAGCUGAUCGUUGAUUGGGCAAAGGCUGUUCCAGGGUUUUCCGAGUUGAUCAAAGAGGAUAAAGUUAAAUUGCUGUCAUCGGCCGCCAUGGAGCUUCAGGUUUUCAGAGUUUUAUACAGAUCGAUGCCGUACGGGGAGAGCUUGCACAUGAAUCAGCCAACGGUGUUGUCGAGAGAGGAGUGCUAUAUGUUUCUAAGCGAAGAGUUGGUCGAUGGAAUGCUGGAUGUCGUUCAGCGCUUGCGAGCGCUCAUGAUCGACGAAAGUGAAUUUGCUUGCUUGAAUGCCAUUCUGUUGUUCAACUGUGGUAGGUUUAGAUUGGUAUACAACACUUUCAUUUUUGGGGUGUUUAACCCAUUGAGUGGCAGCAUGUUCCCAUUGAAGAGUAAAUUUGUCUGGCGUUAGAGAGAGUAAAAUUGUCUGGCGUUAGAGAGACGAAAAUUGUCUGGCGUUAUACAGAGUAAAAUCAUCCGGCAUUAAAUGAAAGCCUAAUUGUUCCCUAGCUAAUCUGCUUGGGGUCUGUGUCUAGACACUCUGACUGCCAAAUUUAAAUAAAGACCGAUUUACCUUAAUUUUAGAUACUGAAGGUCUGGUGAAUCGAGAAGCAGUUGAGAGACAAUGUCAGAUUAUCAUGGAAACGCUAAAAGCAUACGGAGAACAAAAACAACCCGGACGUUUUGCAAAAAUAUUACUUCGUUUGCCAGUUCUUCGAGAAGUGUGCAAUAAAGGCUAUCAUUAUUUUGUCCGUGUGCAACUGGAGGGCGAAGUUACAAUGUCCACGCUACUGACACAAAUGUUUGAAAAAGCUAGAAUCUAGAUACAAAUACAUUACUUUAGAAUAAAAUUUUCUAUAGUCUAUUUUCUAUAGUGGCUGGAAAUUAUCAAAACUGAGAAAUUUUUAUGUGCUGUCCUUUCCUGGAAAGGCGAUGUGCAUUCUAAGAAAUUUUACAAGAAAACAUUAAGUUUAUUUUAUAUCAAUUGAUUGCUAAUUGGGUGUGGACAUUAAAUGUUGCUGCAACUUAAAUCCCAAAAAAAUAUGUGUGCAGCAAUAAACGAGUAUCGUCAUUGACUUAUUUUAGAGUCUCAGGAAGACAGUCUCUUGAAUUUUCAACACUCUCUGAUUUUUUUAUAUGACAUACAUAACACAAUUAAAAAUUGUUGUACAUAAUUUAGAAUGCAAUGAAAUGAAAAUAUGAUAUAGUUUACAGUUUAAUAGUUUAACAAAAUUUGAUUAUUAAAUGUAUAUAUUAUUGGUAAUAGAUUUCUUUUAUGUUAGCUGAUGAAGUUGGCAGAUUGUACUGGACCCCACUCACUGCCUUUAGGGAGGGAUGAGCUGAUAAGAUUUUUAUCAGUAAAAGCUGAUAAUCGGUAUACUGUGAGGCAUAAGAUAUAAUUGGCUUUCUGGGCCUGUUGUACAAAAGCCGAAUAAUGCGAUCCACUGGAUUGUGAUUUUUUCAAAUUUUC